AGAGAUUGGACCGAGGUGGGCUGAGGGGAGCUAGUUGCUUACCUAGAUAGUUAAAAGAAAGACGUCUGAAUUCCUUUCACUUGUGUUUUGGUAUCAAUCUUGAUUGACUUUCAAUACAUCCUUUAGUCUUUUCAUAUCUAUCAAUCAUCGAUUAUAGUUACAAUCACAACCGUAAUACACCAAACCAACCAUGGCCUUAGAGAACCCCUCAUCAGAACAACCAAAAAUCAAACUUUACUGGUAGAAACCCUCCCCCUCCGCCUUCUCCUUCCCUCUCAGCUAUCUAUCCAUAUCCACAGCCCAUUAACCUCCCCCUCCCAAUUCCAACUCCAAUUCCAAGAUCACUAACCACUAUCCUAAGGCUCAACCAAUCCCGCUCCCAACGCAUCCUCUGGCUCUUAGAGGAAUUAAAACUCGACUACGAAUUAGAAAUCAUCCACAGACUCCCCUCCAAACAUGCACCUCCUGAACUGAAAAAAGUUCAUGCAUUGGGAAAAUCUCCUGUUCUUACUAUUCUCCCCCCUGGAGCUACGGAACCGUUGGUUUUGGCUGAGAGUGCUUUUAUCAUGGAGUAAGUUUUUUGGGGGUUUCUUCAAUGGGAAUGAUGUGUUUAGGAUUUGAGGCGGCGCUGGGGUAUAUAUGAAUUUGAAGAUGAAAUGCAAGAUCGAAGGGUUCAAGUAGUUCUUGGAUCGUGAUCUGAUAGUUUAUGGAUAGGGGAUGUUAGACACCACCAUCCUACCCUCCUUAACUACCCAGGAGAAACCCAUUUAUAGCCCAUACUAACACAUCUGAGAUAUCUUCUCGACCACUUCACCCAUGGAAACACCCUCCUUCCCACGCGCUGGAAACCUGGUCAAGAGAAUACUCUCUGUGGCGAAACAGAGGAAUGGACUCGGUUCCGCUAUUACAUGCAUUAUGCCGAAGGAUCCCUGAUGCCCUACCUCGUCGUAUCGCUUAUCAUGUCCUGUAAGUGUCAUUAUUUUGCCCUGCUCAUCCCCUCUCCCUCAUCAUCCCAAACAACACCAAAUAACACUAACAAAUCAGUGAUCGACUCCCCCAACCUCCCCUUCUUCAUCCGUCCCAUCACCGGCAUGAUAACCGGCAAAGUCAUCUCCACAUUCCUCGAACCAAAUUUCAACACCCAUUUCACAUUUCUCAAUGAACAAAUCCAGACUUCCCCAUCCGGUGGAAAAUAUCUCUGUGGUGAGCAUCUUACCGGUGCAGACAUACUCAUGUCAUUUCCACUUGUAGCUGCUAAAAAGCGUGCUGGAUUGACGGAGGAGAAAUUUCCGGAAUUGUUUGCCUAUAUUGAGAGAUUGGAAAAUGAAGAUGGGUAUAAGAAAGCUGUGGAGAAGAUUGUGGAGAUUGAGGGGGAAUUCCAGGCGGUUUAGUGAAGGGUUAGAAGGAUGUUGAAACUGCACGUGGCUCGCGUUGAGCUGGGAAUGAGAAGUGGAAAGACGAUGGGUAGACAUUCAUGACUGUAUACACUCUUCGCGUUGGCCGCCGGAUAAUCAUGUUGUUCCUUGAUGUAUUAUUAUAUAAAAUCAAUUCCAAUCUUUCUUAACA